GAGGGCGGCAGGGGAGGGCGGCAGGGCCGGGUAGCUCCGCUUGCUCUGGCGGUGGCAGCGGCGGCCCCGACCCGGCAUGUGGCGGCGCCCGGCCGGGCUGUUGCUCGUCUUCGCGGCCUCUACGGCUGCGCUGUGGCUGCUGUCGGUGCGGUUGAGCGCGGGGCAGACGCGCAGGGCKCUGCGGUUCCCGGCGGACCUGGAGGAGCUGCGGGAUCUGGCCGAGGCGUUGCGGGACUACGAGCGGCAGCACCGGGGCGCGGCGCUGGCCCUGUUCUGCGGCGCGUACCUGUACAAGCAGAGCUUCGCCAUCCCCGGCUCCAGCCUCCUGAAUGUCCUGGCUGGAGCGCUCUUYGGGCCGUGGACCGGGCUGGUGCUGUGCUCAGUGCUCACAUCUGUGGGAGCCACCUUCUGCUACCUGCUCUCUGCUGYCUUUGGCAAGCAGCUCGUCAUCCACUUCUUCCCUGAGAAGGUGGCUCUGCUGCAAGGCAAGGUAGAAGAGAACAGGAGCUGCUUAUUUUUCUUCUUGUUGUUCCUGAGGCUGUUCCCCAUGACACCAAACUGGUUUCUGAACCUCUCGGCUCCCAUUUUAAACAUCCCCGUGUCCCAGUUCUUCCUCUCCGUCCUUAUCGGCCUUACACCAUAUAACUUCAUCUGUGUGCAGACUGGGGCCAUUCUGUCCCAAAUCACCUCUCUGGAUGCCAUCUUCUCCUGGGACACGCUGCUCAAGCUGCUGGUCAUGGCUGUGGCAGCACUGAUUCCAGGGACCCUCAUCAAGAGAUACAGCAAGAACCACCUGAAGCUGGAUGGGGACAAGCAAGCUCAGACACUCAAUGGCAAAAAGAGCUUGUGAUGGCUCAGGUGCCCCAGUUUUGGGGUAAGAAGCUGCAGGACUCUGUUCCCAGGGUUUAUAUUCUGCAUGCUGUGUGCCACCAAGGACAGUGGCAGUUUUUAAUCGUCCUUCUCAUUUCAGAGGAGGUGUCAGUUCUUAUUUUUAAUGAAUGUUUACCUGUGCAUGUACCUGCACGGAGAGAUACAGGGGCUUUGUGAGCACUCAGRUAAUUUGCCUGUUUCCUUUAAAUCAGUCUUCUGUAUGCCUGAGGCUGUGGGGAAAAAAAGGAGGAGUAUUGGAAUCCUGUGAGGAAGGCCAACCAGAACCCAGAUGUGGAACACGGGCCAAGCACAGCUCAGGGGGGCAGUAGGCAGGCUCUGCUCCCUCCAGCUCCAGACUGAUUUAGCAUUUUUGGCCUGAAAUGAUGAGCCAUGUGCUCCUGUGCAGCUGUACAUGCACCAAGUUGAGAAAAUAAUGGUGUUUCAAGGUGCAGCUGUAGAAGAUUCUUCUUUGAUUCCCAUGUUAAACCAGCACACUCUGCAGAAAAAUGCUCAGGAUUUGAGGUGCCUGAAUCAGUCAUGUCAAAACACUUGAGACUGCUUCUCUGGUCUGCCAGUGGCUGCCACUCCCCAUGAAGACUAAARGGAAAAAGAAUGGGAAUGGAUGUGCCUGACUGGCAGAGAUUUGUCCUUGAGAAACACCUUGAAACMCACACAUYUGCUCCUGUGUAACUAAGAGGGUUYRAAAUAAAAAGAGRUGGGCUCUGUCCCAGUUGCUGGAGAGCAUAAAAUUAUAGAAUCCCAGAAAGGUUUGGGUUAAAAGGRAUCCUCCAGCCCAUCCAGUUCCACCCCUGCCAUGGGCAGGGACACCUUCCACUGUCCCAGGCUGCUCCAAGMCCCAUCCAGCCUGGCCUUGGACACUUCCARAUAUCCAGGGGCAUCCAGAGCUUCUCUGGGUAACCUGUGCCASGGUCUCUGCACCCUCAUCCCCCAGGGAUGAUACUGUGCUCUUGGGGCUUUGGGAUUUGCUCUCCAUGAGGAGAUCCASUUGGAGGAUAAAGUAAUCUUCCUGGCAUGGGAAGGAAGGGGGGGGGUUGGGGCAGAGGGGACACCCAAGAACAAGGCUUCAUGACAUCAUCCCGAAGUCCAUGAGAACCCCUUCCCAGAUCACCAGACCAGCCUGCAGCAUUGAAGUACACUGGCUUUUUAUUCCAUGCAUUGUUUGCUUUGAUAGUCAUUCUUGUUUCCAUCACUGUACACUGGUCAAUACAAAAAAAAAAAAAGUCAAGUUUGUCUCAGGAAUCCACAGAGCAGGGAGGAGGGGAUGAACACUACUGGACAGGGCCAAGAUGAAAUGGGUACUUAGCACAACAGUGGGGAGGGSAACAUUCAGCUCUGGGAGAAAAUCUAGGCUAGUGUUCAUGAGCUGUCAGCAGCCACGAGAACUGGAUCAGGGUACUYGGGAUGCUGGAAAGGGAACCCACAGUUUACUCGGGCCCUGGAAUGCUGUUUUACUACAAGGAAUAAGCAGGCCCACUUACACCUCUCAGCCCCAGACCUUGCCAGGAGAGGAAGUGUGAGGAACCGCAGUAGAGGUGUCCUACAGCGACGGGGAAGCGUGUCUGUGCAGUCCCAGGGAGGUUUCACUAAGGAAAAUCAUACCUAACCCCCCCCAAAUAGACAGCAACCAUCCCGGGAAUGGGGGGUGCUGAGCCAGCUCUGCCCACAGAGCAAGGACAUGGGCUGUGUGCAGGGGAGCCCGGGGUGACACCUCUGCUGGUGGGACAAGGGGCUGCCCUGGUGGCAUUGCCAGCGGGACACUGUGUGGGGCAGCAGGUGGGAGCAGCGAUGCUGGACUGUAASAGUGCGAUGACCCGGGGCUGGGAGGAGAAUACAGCUAGACGUGGUAGCCUGGAGGGGGCAGCUCUGCCUGCCCAGGCUGCAGAACAGGCCAGCAUGUCCCUGGGCAAGGAUGGGGAGGGUUCAGCACACACCCAGGACAGCDGGCCCAGAAGGGUCCCAAAAUCCCACACACCAAGGCUCUGCAAGCCCAGUGGAGCUUCAUGCCAUGGUGGAGCCUGUGCAGAGAGCACAGGUACCCAAACCCCUCUGGAAUCUAUUUGUCGGGGCUGGAUGGCCACAGGCUGGAGGCCCUGGWGACACUGACAGGCCUGAGCUGGAGGCAGCUCUGUUUUGGGGUUGUUUGUGGGGCUGCYCAAGGAUACCAGAGCUGCCCAUGGGCCUCCCAGAGCCUGCCACAUCUGAGCAGUCUCCCYAGGGRCACCAGGCCUGGCAUCCUCUGCUGGGGACACCKGAUGGCAGCUCUCCACCUCUCUUUWCACCACCGUGUGUUAUGUGCACACAGUUCASUGCUAACUUCCCACACCUCGGCCUCCAGCCUCCUGAGUAACCAUCUGCACCACCAAACCCCUCUCACACCACAGCAGCAAAACAGCAAAGCCAUCUCUGGCCUCACCAGCUCCUCCUGCCACUGGCCAAGAGACAAAGAACAUCAGGGAGGAGAAACGAGGGCUGGGAAGAGAGAGGAAAGGAGCCAGAGAAAAGCUUCACUCCCCAUGGGAUUCUGCCCCCACCCAGAACGGGGUGAGCGGGUCACUCCCUCUCCAGGAGCCUGUUUGGUCCCGCCCGGGCGAUCCAGCACAUGGACCCACUGCCCAGGGCAACUGCCCUCCUUCCURAUGUUCUUCUGCAUGCUCUGGCCAGGGAAUCUUGUAAUGGUUACUCAGUUGUGAUCAGUUCAAAAGCCACUUGCUCCCUGACCACCAUUCCCUCAUUCCCACCACUUCAGCCGUUGCCAACCACCAGCAACGUGAGCGAACCGCAGCUCUGCCCACCAGGAAUCUGACUGCAGCCAUCUAUCCCUCUCUUUCUCUGCCCUGGAGUGACAGCAUCCCUGGAAAGCACAAGAGGCAGCAACUCCUGACAGCCACGGAGCCCAGCUCUGCUCCUACCCCUCCGGYGAGCAGGGAGAAGGUAACGUCACACACAGAGAUUACAAUUGUGCUAGCGGUGAAGCCAACCUUCUGAUCUACAGAAAUGAUAAUAAAUAAUAAAAUAACAUCAUAACUUAAGAUUUGUCUGUAGUCCAGCUACAAAAAUUUAAAAAUAUGGGAUAAUUUAACUCAUACAAUACUGCUCUCUGUAUAAGUAAGACAUUUUCCUUCAGUUUGCCAUGAGGCUAUAAAUUACCACAGUUAAGUUCAAACCAAUAUUUUAACAUAAAAUGUAAACAAACAAAGCAACAGAAGUACCUGUCCAUGGUCCAUUCCUGCCGUUCACCUCUGGCUGGCUGUGCCAGCCAGCACACUGGGAAGGGCAGAGGGAGAGCUCUUGCAGGGGGACAUCAACUAAGGAARGGGGGAGGAACGUGCUUUAUCAUUUUGUUCUCUUUCAAUAUUGUUUUAGAAGAGUAGUGUUUAAAGGGAAGGCACUAUGAGUUCUAUCAGAAAACAAAUUUUUCUCAUCUGCCAAUGCCUCGGCCUGUCAUAUACCAGUACUAUCCUCACUUGCACCUGCAGAGUUUCAGCUUGGAGGAGAAACAGAGGCCUCGGGGCACAGCUGAGACAUGGCCAUGCCAUGGCCACAUCAAGAUUCCCUGCACAAGGCCUGCCGUGAAGGGCAGGCAGCUGCUAAUGCUUCCAAGAAUGUACAGCAAAUGAGGAGACAGAGCAGGGCUGAUGCUCUUAGCCAGGCCAGUGAUUCCCAGUCUUCCCCCUCAACACACAGCUCUCUGCUGGUUCUUGGUGCUGCUGUAGGUGAGAGACUGCUUCUCCCAGUCCAGUCCAGGCGUCUCCAGUGUCCUCCCCAGMAAUGCUCGGGCUCUGCGGAAUGUGCUUUCCACGCUUUGCAAGUCCAUGCUUGGCCAACACUGAGUUGAUUGAUUUGACUGACUGAAACAGACAGGAGGUAAGAGGAGGAAGUAAACUGGGAAAUGGCACACUGCAUCUGAGAGAGGUUUCCCUGCUCAGCUGGAGGUUGACACUGCCAGAGUGAAGCAAGGACGGUGGUAAGAAGUGCUCUGAUACCAAUUCUCGAGAGGACGAGGUUAGAA